GUUGGAGCCAAAAUCCCAAGUAUGUUGUCUUCGAUGGUGGUUCCGGUGAAUGGGUUUUUCUUAAACCUUUCAAAACCUAACCUUGUUGUCUUCAAGUGCUCCAGAGUUCUUUAUGGAUCCUUCUCGCUCUUCAAGCUUCCUUGUUACAGGAUCAAGUUAAGAAGCUUUCAGAGAGGAAAUGUUGGAAACAAUGAUUCCGAAAUGUCUCGAGGUUGCAAAGAUGAUGAUGAGAUGCUUAAAAUCGAAAACGAAAGAGUUUCUGGAAACGGAGUUCCAUUCAUAGCAAAGUUAGGUUUGGGGUUAGGAUUGGCUCUGAUUAUUACAGUAAUUAGUGUAACCUUGAAGGGCUCUGGUGGUGGUGGUUCACCUUUUGAGGAGGUUAAGAGUUUGGCCAAAGUUUCAUCAUCUUCAGAAGGCUUUACGUUUAAUGCAUUUGGAAACAGAUUCAUGAUUCCAGGAAAUGCGCCAGGAUGGGUUUACUUUUGGUUGCUAAUGGCAGCUGGGUGCGGGCUUUUUAUUAGCGAAGAGGCUCUAAAUAUAUGGGUUGGGAUAACAUUGGCUCGAAUGUUAACUCUGGAUGGGACGUGGCAAUCGUUUGCUGAGUCUUUCUCUCGGAAUGCUCCUUAUAUCGUGUCUACUGUGUCAUGGGUUUACUGGGGAGUUUGUCUAAGCGAUAUGAUACCGUUUUACCUUGGGAAGCUCUUUAGACAAAGUGGAGCAUCAGAUGAUGUUUGUUCAAAGCUGGGUAUAGGUAAGGAGAAAGCACUGAGCAUUACUCAGGCUGUCCAAAAGUACGGCAACCUCUCAGGUUUUGUUGAAAGAUUUUCUUUGGGAAUGAGGAAUCCUACAGCAUUCUUCGCCGGGGCUCUUGGAAUAUCUCCAGAGUGUUUCUUUGCAGGAGUUUGUUGUGGCGGCUUGAUUACUCUUCCACUUCAGCUUGUGAUUGGGUUUCUCGUUAGAGAACGCCCCAUGUUUGCUCUUGCAACAGUAGCAACUGCAGUGGGAAUAUGGACGAUCUUCCCCUAUGCGGUGGCUGCAUCCACGGCUUUGUUCAUCUACAUUCGCAGUCGCUACUCCACGAAAGAUUAGCUCUUCUUGUUACUCAAUAUCUAUUACAUAGAAAGAUGUAAGAUCAUAUUAAAAGAUCAAAUAUAGUACUUAGCCAACCAAACUAAUGGCUUAUAUUGUACUGGAGUAUUAUGUACAAAGGAAUAUACACACUAACUUUCUCAAUUGACUUUUCAUAGAACAACUGUUUUGGGUUUUGGAGAUUUUGUAAUGAAGAUUGGUCAAGGUA